GUCACGUGACGGAAGUCGGGGCGGCUGGGUGAGGCGAGCGGCUGGAGAGGUUGGGGCUGGUCCCCGUCUUUCCAAAAUGGCUUCGCUGCUGCAGUCCGAGCGCGUUUCGUACCUAGUGCGGGGCGAGAAAGAGAUCCGCAUGCCGCUCUCGCAGCUCUAUUUCUGCCGCUACUGCAGUGAGCUGCGGUCCCUCGAGUGCGUCUCUCAUGAGGUGGAUUCUCACUAUUGUCCCAGUUGCCUGGAAAAUAUGCCAUCAGCUGAAGCCAAGCUAAAGAAGAAUAGGUGUGCCAACUGUUUUGACUGUCCUUGCUGUAUGCACACUCUCUCUACCCGAGCAACAAGCAUCCCUGCUCCGCUGCCUGAUGACCCAGCCAAGACCACAAUGAAGAAGGCUUAUUACCUAGCCUGUGGCUUUUGCCGCUGGACUUCCAGAGAUGUUGGCAUGGCAGAUAAAUCAGUUGCCAGUGGAGGUUGGCAGGAGCCAGAAAAUCCUCAUACUCAGAAGAUUAACAAACUGGUCGAGUAUUAUCAACAGCUGGCUCAGAAGGAGAAGAUGGAGAGGGAUCGUAAAAAGUUGGUUCGACGCAGACCCUACAUGCCCCUUGCUUUUUCGCAACACACUAUACAUGUAGUGGACAAGUAUGGCCUUGGAACCAGGCUCCAGCGUCAGAGGCCUGGGGCUCCUAUCAGUGCCCUCACAGGACUUUCGCUGAAAGAUGGAGAGGACCAGAAGGAGAUAAAAAUUGAACCUGCUCAGGCUGUGGAGGAAGUGGAGCCUUUGCCUGAAGACUAUUACACCCGACCAAUCAAUCUGACAGAAGUGACAACCCUACGACAGCGCCUCCUCCAGCCAGACUUCCAGCCCAUCUGUGCUUCUCAACUUUACCCACGUCAUAAGCAUCUGCUGAUCAAACGCUCCCUUCGGUGCCGGAAAUGUGAACACAAUUUGAGUAAACCAGAAUUCAACCCUACAUCCAUCAAAUUCAAAAUUCAGCUGGUAGCCGUCAACUAUAUCCCAGAAGUGAGAAUCAUGUCUAUUCCUAAUCUGCGCUAUAUGAAGGAGAGUCAAGUUCUCCUAACACUCACCAAUCCAGUGGAAAAUCUCACCCAUGUGACACUGAAAGAGUGUGAGGAAGGUGAUCCUGAUGACACCAGUAGUACUGCUAAGGUGGUGGUUCCUUCCAAAGAGCUACUUCUGGCCGGCAAAGAUGCAGCAGCAGAAUAUGAUGAGCUGGCAGAGCCUCAAGAUUUUCAAGAUGAUCCUGACAUCAUAGCCUUCCGGAAGGCUAACAAAGUUGGGAUAUUCAUCAAGGUCACUCCACAGAAAGAAGAGGGAGAAGUUACUGUGAGCUUUAAGAUGAAACAUGAAUUCAAAAACCUUGCUGCUCCUAUCCGGCCCACGGAGGAAAGUGAUCAGAGUUGUGAGGUCAUCUGGCUCAAUCACCACGUGGAGCUCAGCCUGGGCCCUGUGCUUCCAUGAAACGCAUCUGUAACUGGAACCUAAACGAUGGCCACACACUACAUUGUGUCACUGUUCUAUAGAAGAAUGCAUCUUGACAAAAUGCUGAAGGCACUGCUUCACAGAGGCUCCCAUCAGAUAAGAACUCGCACACCACAAAUUUCAGCCAAAAGAUGCAGAGGUCGGAUUAGAAGAGAAGAGCCGCACUCUUGGAUGACUCUCCUCUCUGCAACACCUAUGUGAAUGGAUGGUUCCCCCCCCCCAUGCCCCACGCUUGGUCAGCUUUAUAGCAGAAAGCUUGGUGUGCACAUUUUGUGGUCAUCUUGUAUUGCUCCUUGAUAAAACAGCAUGGAAUUUCCCAGCAAACGACCUUACUUGGCGCUCUCUGCAUCGGUUUUGCAAAGCUAGUAUUACAUAAUGCCAACAUCUCUCUCCCUUGUGGUAGGUUCUGUUCACAGUAAAAAUUAUUCCAAGGCUGCAGUAGCACCAUCUAUAGUAAAAGAGCAAGCAGCAGCAGUAGUAUAAUGUUCUCUUGCUUCCACCUUCAAUUGGAUGUGCCAUCUGUUUCAAAUAGCACUUGUUGGCCUUUUACUCAUGUACCAGAAGUUGAUAUUUCAUAAGAUGUUAUCUUGUCCUGCAUACUUUGUUAAGGAAAGGCUCUUAAGAAAAAAGGGCUCCUCCCAAUAUUCUGCAGGUUUUUGUGGGGAGGAGGGCGGGUCUUCUGCCAUUCUUACAUUGGAUGAUGCAGGUGUAAAAAUGGAACAGAAUCUAGGGUAGUCAAUAAAUGAAAAUGCUGCUGUAGUGCACUUAUUUGUAGCAGGCGUGCCAUUGUGGGAAGCAUCUGUGUGUUUUUUGUUAAAUUAUUUAUUUAGGAACAGGUUUAAGACCAAAGAUAGCUGAGAAUUUUGAUAUGUGAGAUCACUUUUGGUAUGCUUUGAAGUUUAAAAUCUCUUGAGAAAAUAGCUACAAGCGCCCACUGUGCAUCCUUGCACUCAAUAUACUUAAUCCUUGAUUUCCAUACCAUUAUAAGAAAAAGUGAAUGGCUUUCGCAAGGCUUUGUUAGCAGCAAAUUGAAGAAAUAAAUGGUUGUAAACUAUAAUUCCCAGGGCUUGGCUCUAAUCUUCCACCCACACUCAUAAAUUCAGCAUUGCAGUGUUGCAUACACACACAGACACAAAAUGCAGAGAUAUGUUCCAACACAAACUUCUUGGCUAAUAUUUUUUGUUAGAUUACUGAAAAGAAAAAUGCAUACGGUGGAACUUGGCUGCUUUUUCUGCUUAUAGUUCUCAGACUACGUAACAGAUGUAGGUGUGCUUUGAAUGGGGCUCUGCUGUUGUAGCCUGGGAGUAAUGGGGGCAUGUGCAGAUCACGUGAUUGAAUACUGUUGUCAACAGGUUUACGUUACAAUAUGAGAGCUUAUUUUGCAGCCUCAGACAGAAAGAGGAAUGCAUAUUUCCAUCUUGGAUUAAGGUACCAUAACUGGGAAAUGGACUCAAGGCUGUGGGAAAGCUGCUUUUCUUGUAGAUUGCAAGUUGUUCAGAGGUAUGUCUUCAUUUGUUUGGCAGCAUUUGGAUGAAGGUGGCACCUUAUCCAGUUUGUGCAAUGGAUGUAAAGAAAAGAGAAGCUUGAUGUUCACAAGACCUAUGUAGACUAUACACAAUAUAAAGCAUGAGUUUAAGAAGUCUAA